AGGAGGGUCAAGGCCGGCCGCAUCGCUCACCUAGAGGCGUGGCACAAAUUAAAAUAAUCUACACACUGGCUGCUCUGUCAGGCCUUUUCUCAUGCGUUCACUUCUGUCGGGCCAUAAUUAAAGAUGGCCCAUUGCGAGGUGGUGGGGCGCCAGGGUGACAAUCCACCGCGUUGUCUCUUUAAUAUACAACACUUAGCCCAGAGGAUGACACUAACAGCAAUCUGAGGGAACUCAUCUCACCUGCGAGCGUGGGAGGCGGAUCUCGGGUUUUUUUCCCCCUUCUCUGGAUAUGCUGGGACAUAAAUCAUACACACAACAUGCAAUUUUGUAAUAACGCGGCAGAAAUAUGAUUUAGCAGUAAAUAUAAUUUUGUCUGGGUGUGAGACGUAUCAAGUGAAUGUAUUAUCUUUGCAGUAAUGCUGCGCUUUGGGAAUAAAAUAUCCAACAGACGUGUUUUAACUGCUGAUCAGGGUGAGUUAAACCUGAAAUGUCUUAUUUUAAUCUAAGAGGGAUGCAAGAGUUUGUCCUGAAACGUAAUUAUUGUAUCAAAUAAUUAUGUAUAUUCUAUAUUUUAACAAGGAAAUCUCAUCCUCUGAAGAUUUAUCUCAUCCUUGGAGCUUUUAAACAGCUUCUGGCUGAUUUUAGCGCCCCGUCCAGGAGGAAGUUGGCAUCACAGCCUCUCGCUGCCUGCCAUGUCGUCAAAAACAUUUACAGUUUAACGUUCAAAUUCAACAUGACUCCAUAAUUCAUGGGAAGCAGUUUGGUUGUACUUAAAUAUUUUAAGGUAAAAAAUUGGAAAUGUGAGAUUGAAUUUCCUCUGAUGUUUCUAUUUUUUUUCCUUUGGCUAACAUCCAGAUGCGAGGAAGCGCCAAAGGGCAGAGAGGAGAUGUUUAAGCAGAGGUUGCUCUCACUGCCAGCAGAGAAGUGCAGAGAAUCUAUAAUAAUGAAAACAGCAUUUAUCUUCAGCUGCCAUUCCUGCUUUUCUUCUUUCUGGGAAACGUUGUGGUGAAGACGCCAGCGUGUUUGUGGGGCGAAAACAGGCGUGCGUCGAGUCCGGCACGAAAAGAAGCAAGGAAGAAGAGCAAACGCAUAAAAAUGUAUUUUAAAAUCGUCUCACUGCAUGCAUCAAGCUGGAACUGUUCGAGAAUGACGAGGAGAGUCAAACUGUGAGGAACAAGAAGGGCGCUUGAUGUUGAUUGACAAGCGUUGGUUGUAUCUCACUCCUACGCACGAUUACGCCGUGCUGAUCUAUCCCCGGGUAGCACUCUCACCUUCAACUCCGGCUGGUCAAAGUGAAGAGGCGUGCAGGCACGGCGCUGGAUGUUCAUGUGAUUUCCAUCAAGUUUCUGGUUCCGGCAGAAGCAUCUCAGGGAAGAUACAUGACGGGAGGUGCCAGGAUCUGCUUUUUCCCCUCCUUAAGUUUGACAUGUUUCGACUGAUGCCUCUAGUCGUCAUCAGAGUUCACCGGUGUUGGUGGCAUCUCUUCCGUUCAUCCCGCAGGCAGCAGAGGACGAUGUCGCCAUCUUCUAUCCUCAUCUCUUCUUCCUGUUGUGUCACCCUACCAACCAUCACAGUUCUUUUGCCUGCCAGUUUACCUCCUGGUUCUGCUCACCUGCAUUUGAGUCCAGUAUUUGCAACAAAUCCACUUCCUGACAGGAGGGGCGAGCGUUCCGUGAUCGUGUUUGCAUUCAAAGCCCGUAGAUUCAUUAAGACAGCUUGGAUUAGUUUAGCUCAUGACAAAGAGACAUUUUUUCAAUGUAAUAAAACCAGAUUUAGGGUUAGGGUUAGGUGGCAUUGUGCAGCUGUAACUCUCAAUAUGAAAACAAUAAGAUUUUUAUUCAUAAAAGAACUGAAAAGUAAAAGCCAUUAUCAGUUUGGUUCAUUUAUCCUAAAUGUCCUCCUUCGAUUGCCAACUGAAGAAAACAUUGAUUCACUAAUAUUUUGUGUCUUGAUACUGAAUCAAUAUCUAAAAGCAGACUAUCAAUUUUUAAUGUGAAUUCACAUGGAAAAAAUGAUCGUAUAUCUUUUGUAAGUAUGUUUAACCUCCUUCAUUCAGACAGAAAACUGAUCUGAGUUUUCAAAUUAAAUUCAGUCUUCAGAAUUGUAAAUAUCAUCUGACUUUUAGGCCCUGUCCACACGUAGCCGGUGAUCUGCCAAAACGUAGAUAUUUUUCUACGUUUUGGCCUGUCAUCCACACGAAAAUGGAGUUUUUCACACGAACACGGAUCUUUUUAAAAACUCCGGCCAAAGUGAAGAUCUGCGUUUUCUCCGUUUUGGGUGUCUGCGUGUGGACGGACAAAACCAGAGUUUUAAGGUCCGCAACGUCACUUUCCGCGACAAAAAAAUGCUGACAUCACGUGUGCGACCUGUGUUUACACUAGUUGACAGCAUGGAUGCCCUCAGAGCUGCGUUCGUUUUAUCAAUUGUCCAAGCGCUUUUUGCUUGUUUGUUUUUGCAAGCGGAAUUACUGCUCCUUGCGGAAGACCACAGACGAAGGAUGAGGUUAAGAACGGGGGAAGUACUGCCGCCUACAGGUCUGGCAUGUCCGUAACAACAUAUUUAUCCGGGUACGUGUGGACAGAGUUUGUUUUUUUUAACGAGGUGGUGUGGAUGCAAGUUUUUGGAGGGGCGGAUAUUCAUUUUUUACAAAAACCCGACUACGUGUGGACUAGGCCUCAGUAUCACAAUGUUUCCCCUGCAUUGUAAUGAAUUUAUAGCUAGAUUCUGUGUGUGUCUUGUAACACUAACACAGCUGAUGAGCUGUAUAAACAUUUAAGUUAACACCAGAUAUCUUUCUGUCCAGGAACAACAUUGAAGUGUGCAGGACAAUGCCUGGACAGAGGCUACACAGCUGUGUGUACACGCAGAACAAGGCCCACCGCUGCAGGGUCAUCGUGCUCCAAACACGUUACAACAGGAAGACAGAAGCUGCUCAUCAGGGAAAAGAUAAAGUUCCUAAUGUUUUUGAAUCCACAUCUUUUCUCAUCUCGUCAUCAUUCCGGACUCUGUCAGAAAAGUCCAACUCAGAACGUUCAGUAGAGGAGUACAUCCCGUUACUGUACGCCUCUCAGUCAGAUAAAAGGGCGAAAAGUCCCAGAUGGGAUGAUCUGACAAACCUUGCAGACUCUCAGGAAAUUUAAAUCAUUGAAGUAAAUAGAUAAUGAAAUGCUUAUUUUUGACUUACGUUAAAAUGAAUUAAUACCAGAAUUGUUUUAUUUUUAAAUCACAUGGGCCAACCCUGCUGAACCAGCUCAUGUUGUGUUUUGGAUGCUGGUGUGCUGCUCCAGUAUGGGAUGCUGUUAAAUGGAUUCUGAUCCAGCAUGCUGGUACAGGAUGGGAUGCUGGUCUAGCACACAUGUCCAUAAUCCAUGUGCAGUUUUUUUCAGCAGGGUACAUCUACGCAUAACAGAACUGUGUCAUCAAAUUUAAAAGUCAAACUUUGUUGCACAAUGACAAUACAUUAUCUUGAAUCUGAAAGUCUGAAAAAAAAUGUAUACAGUGUUAACCCUCUCAGGCUCAAAAUAAGUUUUGAUAUAAGGACGAACAACUAAGUCCUUCAGGGGUAAUUCUGAGUUAAAAAAUGCUCAUGAAAUACGUAUGUGGAGUAACCAGGUAGGUAGAUUUUAAUGUAGUAAAUCUGCAACGCCUGCCUCCAGAGGGUUAAUGAUAACAACACUUAAGCAUUUUAAAUGUUUUUGGACUGUUUUGUGGAUCUCAGUCAUCGCUGUCUGAAUUUAUUUGACCAAACAGUUCAAUAAAAAUGUUUUAUUAUUUAUCUAUUUAUUUAUUUAUUUAUUUAUUUAUUUAUUUGUUUGUUUGUUUGUUUGUUUAUUUAUUUAUCAAAUUGUGGAUUUAUGGCUUUGGGUUGUUUUAUGUAUUUUAUAAUUUUGGUCAAAUGAUUUAAUGAACACCAAUAGAAAGUCAUCAGGUUGUAGAGCAGUUGGUUACUGACCCGUUCAAUGAAAUCAGGUGUGUGAAAGCAGGAAACCUUCUAAAGCAUGUAGACUAGCUGACACCAAACAAGACUUUUACAAACUGAGUAAUGUUGCCUUUUCAGACGUGUUUUAAUGGGGUUAAACGUGUGAUUCCACUAUGAUUACACACUAAACAGAGUUCAAUUGAUGCAGGCUGCUUUCAUGUUUGAGGACACUAUUGAUCAUCCUGUAAGAGCCGAUAAAAGUGAGAGACUGCUGAAGCCUUAAUGAUAAUAAAUCACAUGGUAGUGCAUAAUUCAAAACCUUUUUCUCUGUUUAUAGUUGGAAAUUAAAAAUGAGGUGCACUGGCUAAACAAUACCAGCUUCUACACUGACUCUGCUAACAAACAAUGCUAUUCUGAGGAAAGAGUUGCUCCUUUAAUCAAAACCUCCCCGAGGAGGAGAGGCGUCUGAGCAUCCAAAUGUCUAAAAAUCUGUCAUUUUGACGACUCUGAUAUUUGUAUAAUUAAAAAGGAGAGGGUAUCGUCUGGCCCAUAUAUGAUAUGACUCCUGCAUUGAUCAAAUUAUCUAUCUUGAAAUAAAUUAAUAUGUUUAUCAGGUACAGAGGACAGUUUAAUAACUCAGCUGUCAAAAGUACCCGAUUAUGUCUGGGAAAGUGGCAACUGAUAAUUACCCACAAUGCAUGCCAAAAGGUUGGAAUCUUUGCAAGAGAAAAUUGAUGGAACACAAUCUAAAUUGGGUACAGUAAUCCAUUCCCAGGCAUGAUGGGAAAGGGCCUAUGUAGAGCCUGAAAAAUAAAAAAAAGAUCCUCAGGUUAGAUGCAGCUCGGCUCGGUUUCAUUCCUCUAGCCAUCACUCAAGUUUCUUACCUAACCUCUUUAUAUGAGCUAUUGUUCCCCACAGAGUGACCUCACACACACACACACACACACACACACACACACACACACACACACACACACACACACACACACACACUCGUCUAUGACUGCAAAUUUCUGUCUCAUGUUCAAACCACCUGGACGUGAAAGUGCAGUUCGCUGUACCUCUCAGGCCAGAUCUGUGAUCUCACUAUCAGGUUGAUGCAGGCUCGUCCCUUUAGGUCUUGCUUAAUGCAUCCUGUGGUCACUUCUGCAGAAAUAAAUAGCCGUCUAAACCAACUCUUACCGUCUCCAAUAUUCAAACGCGAGCAUUCAUACAGCAAGCAACCAAUGACUCAAUGAGGGAUAUUAGUCUUUGUUUUGCGGUUAAGCUAAAUAUUCCCAUUUACACGCAAUAAAAUACAAACACGGGGGGUGGGGGG